AUGAGUGGUUCACCAACCCAUCCCUCCCUGAAGGAGGCUGAACAGCGUGCCAUGAACGCCAUGAUGGAUGAUCUUGGUAAUAACCGGCUUGAAGAGCUAGCUACAGAUGGCAAUCAAGCUCAGCGUCGAGAUCGCGAAUCAUUUCUAACAAGCCACAACAACAUACUCUCACCACAACCUAACCAAAUCCCUCCAGCUGGCGGCCCAGUCGCAAAGUGGAAGAACGCCUUUAGUGAGGGGCUGUUUAAUGACUCGGAUUAUCAUGCCGUUAAGGAUCUUAACUUGCUUGACGGCGGAAAUGCCCACCGCCUAAGCCGAGCUGAAGUGAUGCUAGAGCACGAAGGCAGCAGGAAUGUUAUUAGCCAUAAUAACCGCCCCGGCAGCCAUGCCAAGAGCAAUGUCCCGAUGUAUGACCCAUUGAAUCCUGGUUAUGUCAAAAAGCCAAAAAGGCCUGCUAAACCUGUUCAAUCAGGAUAUAGAGAAGCUUCGCUGGGUGGUAUCGUGCCACCUGGGGCGGAGAUUAAGCAAUGGAAUUCCAAAUCGAGAAGGGAAGCCAGCGUCCCAGCUCAUUGGACCGCCAAAUCCAACGCACCCAGAACUAGGCGUGGUACAUCAGUCGCAGAGAAACCGCAACGACCGGCAAUUCAUAGACGAGAGAAUACUAUUCUCCCACACGAAUGGCGACUACCUGAGCCUACAGCCAACACGCCCAGCCACGCCAGUAACAAUCUUGUCCAAGCCAAAAAAUCUCAGCCGGAUCGAGUUGUAUUCAACGACAAAAAUGUCACUAUUAUGCUUGUCUUUGGAGUAGGUGAAUUUAGCCCUGGUCAAGUUUCGGUCUUUGAACGACCCCAGAACAACAUCGUCAUGUGGCAGCUAAGUAUUGACAAUGGUAAAGCAACGAGAGGUGAUAUCCGUCUCUGCCUGAGCCCAUUUCAGUACGGAAGUAAGAUUCAUCUGCGACGACAGGAUGGCGAGAAUUCCGAAGUGCGGUCUAGUCUGAUACGUUUCGACAAUAUUUUAGCUGCGAAUGAGUUUCAAGGAGUAGUCAACUCUUAUCGGAAACAGCAGCAGAAUUCUCAGGAACCACUGUAUAUGGAAGUCACAGAAACUGACUCUCUAGCCGAGCUACAGCUUAAUGCGGGCAAUAAGAAUUCCGGAAAGACAGACGAACAAGCGUCGAAGAAUGAAGUACCUCAAACUCAUCAACCUAGAGUCGGCACCCCGACCCGUAUUUCACCCGUCGCAGCCCAAGAUGUGGAGGUUUCAAAUGAAGAUCUCAUUGAUCUUAGUUCUCCGAAAUCACUUAAGAUACAAACAUCUUCUUCAGAUCUCAUAGAUCUCACAGAUCUAGCCGCCAACCCCAAGCCAGUAGUCAGGCUGCCAGUAGUUGACUCCAUAGGCGUGCCGGAGUUGGCUAAUCUUCAAAGAGUGCCUGUACUCCCAACACUCAGCGAAUGUACACGCCCUACAACAGCUCGAUCACAGACUAUGUCUCCAUCGGUUAUGACACAGUAUAGUUUCAACCUCAGCACAGCCAUGCUUUCCACUUCGCAACUUGAGCAAGACGUCACGACUAUCGAAACGAUCAGACCUGGAGAAGAUAUAUCUCAAGACUCUCUUCGCGUACUAUCUUUCUUGACGAUGCGCGAUUACCAGGGCAUGGUCAAAAUGUACCGUUACCUUUCGGAGUUUUUCAAAUGGGCUUGGGAUUCAUCACCAAUACCGGCCGCCAAACUGGCGGCCAUGCAAGUCGCAAUGACACAGCUUAAGAAAUAUGAAGAAUUCGGAGGCUUGAACGAAGACGACCAGAAAAAGGCAAUUGCGGUAGUAUAUGCCAAUGUCAUGCAUGGAAACGCUCCAAUUAUCCGCUCGAUCGACGAGAUGAUUACGUUACGACAACGCGCGAGCCCCUGUCCCCGUCGAGUUCAUCGCUUCAAUGAUGUUUUCUUUAAAGUGACUGAACUCCUAGAACUGGAGUCGUCAUCCGUAGGCAACUAUGCUUUGGACUCAGAGUCUUCGAGAUCAAUAGCAAGAGACGCAGAAGCUGAGCAGUCUAUGGGCCAAACACAAACUGAAGGGACGUCAGAGAAGACUAGGAAAUUCUUGGACCUAUUAAGGUCUUAUAAUCAAGAACCCGCUGAGACAGGCCAAACAGACGUCAAGGCUACCGGCGACGCAAUUAGGGAAUCUCCCGCGUCUACACUACAGGCUGGUGCAUCCCCUAUACCACGUACCAAUCUUGUUCGAGAGGGAGAUGCUUUACGGGACCGGACUACACCGUUCGGCGGCCUUAGGGCCUCUCGUUGGGCGAACCAUACUGAAAACCAUGCUAACACCCCAACACCGAGCCAUGAACGAACCGCAACAGGCAAGUUGAGUCCAGUUUCGGGCAUCACAGGACGGCUUUCGACACUUUAAAUAGACGAUCUGCGGCGUCCUUGAUACGUUUAGCCUGUCGAUUUUCUACGGAUGUUCUUCCAGACACGCCUUGUACUUCAGAUUCGGGUUUUUAGCACACAGCUUUACGUGCAAACAGCUCCUG